AGCAAACGGAAGUGGAAAGGAGCGCUAGCUUAACUUGAGAAAGUUUAGUUUGUGUUUAGUGAAAUAUGCUUAAAUAUUCCGAGGAGACGAGAAACGUGAGUGUGCCGCCGCGAGGCCGCUGGGUGUGGAGUGACGAAUCCCAAACUGUGGAGUUUGUCAGUUCUAGCCCGGCAGAGGAGGAUGUUUUGGGUAAAAGGGGCCAAACACACGCCACUUUCAGCGAUGUUCAGCGGCGUGCAGAGUGGUUGGCUGAGAUCUGCACUCCGAGCCGUAGGGGGCGCCAAAACAUUACAGAGAGCCUGAGCCCUGCUCAUCUGAACACAUACAGGUCCUCUGUGAUGAAGAGGCGAGGAGACUACGUCACCGUUGGUGAUGUUAAACAGGUGGCUGUCAGUUUGCUACAGGAGAAUUAUUCACUUCCCAUUCCAUUCUGCUUCUUGGCUGUAUUGAAGACUAAAGAGCUUGAUGAAGUCCUGACCUCCCUUCUCCUUUACCUGUCUUGUUUCUUUGAACACAAGUCUGUGGAAAAUAAGCCUAAGCCUGUAAUGGCUGUAGAUACCAUCACAGAGCACCAGGUGAUGGCCAAAAUGAAAAUUGCUGAAAAGAAGCUGGCUGUCUCCUACUUCACUUUAAUCAUGGACCUGGAGAUAAAACGAAAUGAACACACAGCAUAUCGCAAGGGCUGCAUGUCAAACAGUACAGAAUGGCUGCUACAUGCGUGCUUGUACAGCUUCUUCUGUUAUGUGGCCUGGGUGACGUUUGGCAGGAAGGACCUGAGGGACAUCCAAGAGGAGGUUGGGCGUCUUUUGUACUCUGACACCUUCAACACAGCAGUGAGGAACCGGACUGAUGGACACUCAGGAAUGACCCCCACUGCCCGUAAUGGUUCAGCGAAGACGGGAGAAGCUAACCCCAAGGAGAUGGGCUGUAAUAACACAUUCAAGCACAGAACAUCCAAGAGGCGCCCUGCCCUCAGCAGUAUAGUUAAUCAGCGUUCCCCACUUAUGGCGUCUCUGCUGCCCUCACCCAAAGAACAGUCACCCCAUCUGUUCCUCAGCAGCUGGGCCAGGAGGCAGAGCCUGCUGCAGACUGAGCACUGUGACACCAAGGCCCUGACAGAGGAGCUCAACCAGCAGCUGGCCAAAGUCAGCUUUGGGAUUCUUGGCAAGCCACUGACACAGUUCAGCCGGACUACCCUGAUACCCAAUGGAGAACAGAGGAACAAAAGAAAUGAGGAUGAGGUCCAUGAAUCAGAAAGUGAUGUUAAUGGCAGUGAAGAUCAUCCUGGUAUCCAUGCUCAAGGAAGCAGGUUGUCCUUCACGGGACCCAAUUUGGCAGGCCCUGCCAGAUAUGGCAGAACCACCCAUGUAAACACAGGAAACUCAGCAGCUACCAUUGAGUCAGUGACCUCAUGUACUGAAUGAGUAUGUGUGAAAGAGACAGAGUGUUUUGAGUGUUUCCAUUGGCAUAACGCAGGCAUGUGCUCAGAUUUACACAUGCCCUCCUCAUCAGAGCCCUCAGGGUCAAAAACAGAGAGAAAGAUUCAGGUAGCAGCUGAGUUUUCAUCCUGCUUUGCUCAUGUGUGGCUCAUUUCAGAAGCAACUCCCUGGUCUGUCCCCGCACACACUUCAUUUGUUGGGAUUUGCCUCUGAAUUUAAAUCACUUUAUUAUUUGCCAGCUGGUGGUGCUGUUGAAUAAAAUAUAAUGAAAUCCGUAACAACUUUUGAAGGUCUUCACUUUCUAUAGUCUGAUUGAUAUUCAGUUCACAUAUGAAAAUGAAGAAAGUCCAGCACAUUGUAUG